UGUCAAGAGAGUGGCAGUUUUGUAAAUAAUUGAAAACAAAUCCAUCCUUCUUUUGUUUUUGUUAGGUUUUAUUUUUUCCCCUUUUUCAACGCUUGUUAUUUUCCUCUACCAACAACGCUCUAUUGGUUUCCUCGUUGCGACGUUUCUCUUCUUAUCAUUGAGAUCAAAUGUCUGCCGACGCCGGCGUGAAACCUGUAUCCUCCCUCGUCUCUCUCACUCUCUCUCUUAUUUUAAUUUUUGAGAAAAUUAACUUUUGAGAAUGGUUUUUGUAAUCCUUUAUUAUUAGAAAAUGUCAAUUAUAUUGCUAAACUUUAGGUCAUACUCAUCAGGUCACUUUUUGCGAGAUAAUUAUUAUUUUACCUAUAUAGAAAAUGAAUUUUUGGUGAAGUUUAAUUUGUCUAUAAAAUGAAGAAAAAGAAAGGAAUGUGCAAUAUUUAGAUAUGUGAGCAGGAGGCGUUUCCAAUUUCCAUGAUGGUAAAAAAUUAUGUGGUACCGUACCAUGCGUGCCAAUUUGGAAGUGAUUACGACACUUUUUCUGAGCAGUUGAUGUAGGAAGAUGGUCAAGGUUCCUUUUUCACCUCCACGAUGACCGUGAAGUUGCCGGCUCAUGGGUCUAAAAGGGGGAGUGUUUGGAAUGACGGAGUUCAUGAGGGAGUCAAACGGCUUGAGAUUAUUCAUGACGACGAAUGGGUCUGCGGUGUUCGUAUCGAGUAUAUUGAUAAAAAUGGGAAAGCAGAAUGGGGUCUCAUUCAUGGCCAACAGACCAGACACGGAUACAGUGACCAUUCAAUUAAACAGGCAAUUGAAUUUCCUUCUCCCUGCAGCGAUUUUCUCACUUCAAUUCACGGCUACACCGAGUACAGUUCGAUUAAGUCGCUGACUUUUGAAACAAUUAGUGGUCGAACCUAUGGCCCAUAUGGUGAUCAGGAAGGCAAGGGAACCAAAUUUUCAAUCCCACUCAGGGCAGCGAAGAUUGUGGGCUUCCAUGGCCGGAGCGAUGAGCACUCCCUCAAUGCUAUUGGAGUAUAUGUGCAACCAAUUACCAAAAGCAUGCGCCAACUCCAUCUCCAGCUCCAGCCCCAGCCUGAGCCUGAGCCUGAGCCCGAGCCCGAGCCCCAGCCGCAGCCUGAGGAAUGUUUUAGUUUGGGAGAAUAUGGGCUUGAAGAUGGGGAAUAUUGAGCGGAGAGUUUUAGAGCAAUAAAACGGUUGGUAAUUUACAGUGACGAUGAGUGGAUCAUUGGUAUUCAAGUUGAAUAUGAGGAUGAGAAUGGGGAGACAGUGUUGUCCAAGGUGCAUGGUGGAGAUGGAGGUUCAAAAUUAGAGGUUGUUCUGGAUUAUCCGGCGGAACAUCUUGUUACAAUUAAAGGAUACUACGACAACUCACCUGACUCCAAAUCGUUUACUAACAUGAUUCGCUCGCUGACUGUGGGAACCAAUAAUAAAUUGUAUGGGCCAUUUGGGGUUGAACAUGGAACCCAAUUUUUAUUCCCUGAUGAUCGCCGGUUGAAGGUGGUUGCCAUCCAUGGCAGAUCUGAUUUGUAUCUCAAUGCCAUUGGACUCAACGUAGUCCGUACACUUUAAUCUUACCAUUGGGUACUCUUGUACCUAUUUGAAUUUGUCGCUAGGUUUAUGUCAUACCCUGCCUCUUAUUAGAACCCAAUCUACAAAUAUGAAAUUAUGGUUUCUAAA